GUAUUUAGGGCAACCUUUCCGGCGUAAACCGGAAGUUAAGAUACCAUUUUGGAAAAGAGGAAACUUGAAAACAAAAACAGAAAGAAAACAAAAUGAGAACCAAAGGACAGUCGGGGAUUCCCGACAUGUACAAGUGCUGCUUUUGUUGUCACGUCAAGACAGGGACGCUGUUCUAUGGAUUGUUUCAGCUGAUCUGUCAUUUAUUCCUGAUUGGAGUGCUGAUUUUUGCCUCCAUCCACCCUGAAAUCCUGCAGAAACAUGCCAAUCAAUGCACCGACAUUGAGAUCGACACAACAAUGAAAAAUAAUGACAUUGAGACACAGGAAGAAAUCUUCAUCCGUAGGAAAAUGAACAGAGAGGAUUUUGAUCUGGCCUUCAUCAUUUGUCUGUGUAUGCUGACUAUCGUACUGUUCCUCCUGUAUGGCGUGCUGAGGAACCGGCCAGGCUACAUCCUUCCUUUCUUUUGUUUACAAGUGUUUGAUUUCUGUCUGAGUUGUUUGACUGUCGUGGGGUACCUCAGCUACUCCCCCAACAUCAAAAUCUGGCUCCGAACACAAGGACUGUCAUGCGUGCCCGGUCUGAAACACCUGAUGGACAUGGACUCCCAAUGGCUGAUGCUUCUCUGUCUGUUGGGCUUCAUUCUCUUCCUGUCUGUGAAGGCUUAUUUAAUUGGAAUGGUAUGGAGCUGCUACAACUUCCUGAAAGCCAGAACUGUCAACGGUAACCAGAUCAGAGAGUACACUGUGGACCCAGACUCACAGGUUCUCCUGCCCCCCAAGUAUGAAGAGGCCAUGCGGCAGGGGGAGGGGAUGCCCCCUGCCUACACCGCCUAGAGUGCAGGAAGGUCAUUCAGAAGAUCAGUGUAGACUGUGUUAGAUUUAAAUUUCGUACACUACUGUAAGCUUUCGUUUACCUGAUGAUGUUUAUGAAAUCUUGAAUGUAACGUUAUUCUGAGAACUAAUUUCAAUAUUGAGAUAUGUAACUGUAUUGUCCUUCUCUGAUGAUUCCGAUAUCAUGGAAUGUGUGAACUGAUUCUAAUGUAGUCAUGGACUGUGUGAAAUGAUUCUUAUGUAUAUAGAUAAUACAUAUGGUUGAUGUAUUUCUUUUGAAUUGGGGAAACACGGGAAGGGAGAGGUUUUCGUUCUAUCCACUUUGUAAUAUUGCCAUUUUGGAUUUGUUAAUGUUGUCGUAGUCGGUCUUUGAUCUGCUGUAUGUUCUGUGUUUUAAUCGUGUAUUUGGAUUUCAGCUGAUAAUGUGCAUUUACACAUGUGUAGUGGUCAUCUGGUCAUUUAGAAAAUCAGAUCAUCUAAUAUUUUAACCCCUGAGGAAAACAUACAUUAACUGUUAAGGAAAUUUGGCCUAUUUCUUGUAUACAAUUCACAAAUUCACUGUUUAGAUUAAAGGAGACUAGCUGUUAUAAAAGAGGUUCUGUAAAUUCACAAUCUUGUGGCAUAUGGACUUUGUCAACUGAAAUCCUAUCUUUCAUAUUGUGUACCAUUGUAACAAGGAUUGUAUUGAUAUACUUCAGGACUGCGUUCAAGAUCGUAGCAGCUAACCCAGCAGCUGGGCUAAAUAUCUGGGUCUUUUGAAUUCACUGUAUGAAUUAACACACGUUAUCCCUAUGUUGGGCUAGCCUAGAUCAUAGCACUAUCUAAGCCACUACAAAGCUGCUACGAUCUUAAACGCAGCCCGGGCCUAUUUGGGUAAACAUGCAGUGCCCUGAUCACUUGCACACUUAUAUAUAUGACUUGGAAUGGUAAAUCAUGGCACAUCUUUUCAGAAUUGUUGCAGGAUUUCUAUAGGUGGAAGUUUGGUGUUUUUGAUGGUCUUUAAGAGACUAAUUUUGAGGGAGCGAAUCAUUCCUGGGAUUAAUCAUACAUCCAACACCCUUUUAUGUGUUACUCUAGACUUUAUUAUUGAGUUUAUUUAUUGCAAGCAAUUAUAGGAUGUCCAGAGCAGAAUAGGUUAUCAGACUGUGUUGGGAUCUCCGGGGUAAUUUGAAGAAAAGAACUUAUUGAUCCGAUUUAUUAUCAAUUUGACAGAUGAUGGGAUUUGAGUGAGCAUUUUCCCUGUUUUGAGAUGUUCCCAUUACACUGAUGGGGAUUUUGAGAACCUAGCACAGACUGAAACCAUUCUAAUUGAAUGUGAUAAGAUGGUGCUUCGUAGCAAGCUUGCUGUGGGAGGUUUUUACUCAUCCAUUGUAAAAAUUGUUUUUCCUCUCAAUAAAUUUCUUCAUAAAA